AUGAAAGCUUUUUCAUUACUAAGUUCAAGACAUUCAUAUAUAAAAUAUAUAGCAUUUAUAUUAACUUUUGGAGUGAUUUAUACUUUAACUCAAGGAAAUGUAUUUAAUUUUAAAACAUCUGAUUCAAUAAUAUCACAAUCAAAUGAUCAAAUACAACAAUUAAAUAAUCAAAAUUCAAAUCAAUUUAAAUCUAAUACACUAUCUAAUGAAAAAGAUAAAAUACUAGAUCCAUCUAAUCCGAUAGAUUUAAAAUCGAAUGAAAAAGAAGAAGAAGUUAAAAAUUAUCAACAACAAAUAAAUCAAGAACAAUCUGUAACAAGUAAUACAAUUCAAGAGGAAUCAAAUUCAUCAAAUAAAAAAGUUAAAGCUACUUUUGUAACAUUAGCAAGAAAUUCAGAACUUUAUGAAUUAAUAAAAUCAAUAAGAACAGUUGAAGAUAGAUUUAAUAAUAAAUAUAAUUAUGAUUGGGUAUUUUUAAAUGAUGUUGAAUUUACUCAAGAAUUUAAAGAUUUAACAACAUCAAUAGUAUCAGGUAAAACAAAAUAUGGUUUAAUACCAAAAGAACAUUGGUCAUAUCCAAAUUGGAUUGAUUUAAAAAAAGCAGAAAAUUCAAGAAAAAAUAUGAAAUUACAAAAUAUAAUUUAUGGAGAUUCAGAAAGUUAUAGACAUAUGUGUAGAUAUGAAUCUGGAUUUUUUUGGAGAUCUGAACUUUUAAAAGAUUAUGAUUAUUAUUGGAGAGUUGAACCAGGAAUUGAUAUAAUGUGUGAUUUAAAUUAUGAUUUAUUUGAAUUUAUGGAAAAAAAUAAUAAAUUAUAUGGUUUUACAAUAUCAAUUUAUGAAUUUGAAAAUACUAUACCAACUUUAUGGAAACAUACAAAAGAUUUUAUAAAUUUAAAUCCUCAAUAUUUAUCAAAAAAUAAUUUUUUAAAUUUUAUAUCUAAUGAUAAUGGUAAUACUUAUAAUUUAUGUCAUUUUUGGACAAAUUUUGAAAUUGCUUCAUUAAAAUUUUGGAAUUCUGAACCUUAUAAAAAAUAUUUUGAUUAUUUAGAUUCAAAAGGUGGAUUUUUUUAUGAAAGAUGGGGUGAUGCUCCAAUUCAUUCAAUUGCAAUAAGUUUAUUUGCUGAUAAAAAUCAAAUUCAUUAUUUUGAUGAUAUUGGUUAUAGACAUGGAGUUUAUGGUCAAUGUCCUUUAAAUGAUAAAUUUAGAUAUGAUCAUAAAUGUGUUUGUAAACCUGAAGAUGAUUUUACUUUUAGAGGUUAUUCUUGUGGUAAAAAAUAUUAUGAUAAAAUGGGUUUAGAAAAACCAAAAGAAUGGGAAAUGUUUCAAUAA